AUGUCGAAGAAAACUGUUGAUGUACCACCGGGCCUACGCGAAAUUCUGCAGGAAUUUACCGUCGCGGUUUUACGCCAGCGCCCAACUAACAUCAUUCAUUUUGCUGCGGAUUAUUUUGAAAUGAAGAAGAAAGAACAAAAGCAUAAUGAAAAUGCUGAAAGUGAUGAGGAAGAGGAGAUCAUUAGGCCUCCAAUUAGAGGAAAACGUCGACAGGGUGUUGCUGCUGAAAGUUACGAUCCGGAAAAAGACGAUGACAAAUAUGAGAAAAUUAUUCAUGAGAAAACAGAGCAGCAGCGUGAAAGAUUGCUCAACGCCACAAAAAGCAUCCUUCUAUUCAAGAGCCUUGAUGACGACCAAAUGAGGGAUGUUAUUGAUGCCAUGUUCGAAAAAAAGGUUGAAGUUGGUGAGAAGGUUAUUACUCUUGGUGAAGAUGGUAAUUACUUUUACGUAAUCGAGAAAGGAGUGUUUGAUAUUAUUGUAAAAGUUGAUGGAGUUGAGAAAAAGGUUGGAGAAUACAAUAACAAUGGAUCUUUCGGUGAACUUGCUCUCAUGUAUAACACUCCUCGAGCUGCAACAAUUCAAGCUACAACUCCUGGGAUUGUGUGGGCCAUGACUCGGGAGACAUUUAGGAGUAUUGUACUCAAGAGUGCGUUUAAAAAGCGACAAAUGUAUGAGGAGUUGCUCAAUCAGGUCGGUAUCCUACAAAAUCUAAGUGCCUAUGAACGCAUGAGUAUUGCUGAUGCUCUUCAUACGCAAAUCUUCGAGCCGGGAGAGAAGAUUAUUAGCCAAGGUGAAGUGGGUAAUGAGAUGUAUUUCGUGGAAGACGGGGAAAUUCGUAUUACCGUGAAGCAGACUGGAUCAGAUGAGGAAGCUGAUGUGAAUCGCAUUAAGAAGGGCGGAUUUUUCGGUGAACUUGCUCUCUUGACUAAGCAUGCUCGUGUUGCGUCGGCAUACGCUGUCACCAGAGCUAAAUUAGCAGUCUUAGAUGUUGGCAGCUUUGAACGCCUCCUUGGUCCUUGUCUGGAUAUCAUGCAACGCAAUAUUGAUAACUACGAAAAUCAACUCAAAUCUGUCUUUGGUAGUCUUGACAAUGUCCCCGAACUUCGUCACUAG